CUGACACGUAAGCAUACCCGUAAUAAUAGCAAAAUAAAUACAGAAUACAAACUUAUUUACAUAUUUGUCAUACUACCCAACAUAAAUUCAAAAGGAAAUUGAAAUCGAAAAGAACACAGACGGAAACAUGGGGUAAUUAUCAUAAAUGGUUACAAAACUAUUCACUUUGUACAAAAAGGUCACAAAUCUUUAAUUUUGCACGUUUCAGUAACAUAUGUUUGGACAAAUAACAAAAAGGUAAUUCCGUCCAUCUCCAUCAUAAAAACCGUUACUUUCCUCCAGUCAGCACGCCACGUCAUUUAAAAUAUUAAUAAAAAAAUUAAUAACCAAACCAAAUUAAACUGAUAACCCAACCGAAAACCCUAAUUUUAUACUCACCCGCCCGAAUUCUUAGAGCAUCCACAUUGGUAUUGCAUUCUCAAUUGCAAAAUGACAUGGCAUAGGUGUUUGCAAUUGCAAACCCAAUUGCAUUGAUAUGACUACCAAUUGCAUAUUUGCAAGCUUGCAACAAAUGCAAUUCCAUAUGCAAGUCAAAAAAGCCUAAAAAAAUGGGCAUUUUUUACUUUAUAUUAUUUUCUUUUCUCUUUUACUUAAUUUUUUAUAAUUUAAACAUAAUAUUUAAUGACAUUUGCAAUUGCAAGUUAAUUGCAUUGAUGUAGGUGAAUGAAAUGAAUGUGAUGUGGAUUGCAAAAAAAUUGAGUUGACAAUAAAAAACACAAAUGCAAUUUCUUUUGCAAUUGCAUGGAUGGAGAUGCCUUAGAGACAGAAACACGCCUCGCUCUUUUCUCCCAGGACGAUUCAGUUCCCUGCUCGCCGCCGCCAGCGGGGCAGGGUGGGGAACCAAUAGAGUUGAUCGCCGUUUACUAAAUAACACGCCUCGCCCUUUUCUCCCAGAGGUAAGAUAGAGUUGAUCGGCAUUUCCGACUCAGCUGAUCUACCGGCAUCCGCAGUCGACAGAGUUCUUGGGUCGGGCCAAAAUCUUGAUGGGCGAAGCUAGGUAGAACUCUUGGCAAUCCCAUUUGUUCAAUCUUCCUGUUCCGAUUCUGGUUUCUUGGGCUAGUGGAAAAAGGUUAGGUCUUUGGGUUCUGCUAAUUGUGCGGAUUUGGGAGCAUGAGAGAAGGAAUCUUCUCAGAUGGCAAUCAACAAGCUUGGACUUAAAAAGCCCUCCAAAUUGUCCGUUUACGUUUAUAUUCUCAACAUAUUUGGUGGGUUCUUUGAAAGCGGAGAACGGCUCUUUGCCGCCGGCGAGGCAGGGUGGGAGCUUAAUCCCUCUGAAAGUGACAAGAGUAUUUUUGUGUCUAACAGUCUAAGAAUUCGGGUGGUUGGAUAUAUAAUUAGGGUUUUGGAUUGGGUUAUCGGUUCACUUGGUUUGGUUAUUAAUUUUUAUUAAUAUUUUAAAUGACGUGGCGUGCUGAUUGGACGGAGGUAACGAUUUUUUGGAUGGAGAUAGACGGAAUUACCUUUUUGUUAUUAGUACAAACAUAUGUUACUGAAACGUGCAAAAUUAAAGGUUUGUGACCGUUUUGUACAAAGUAAAUAAUUUUGUGACCAUUUAUGAUAAUUACCCCUGAAACAUGCUAGUUACUUUGUCCCUUCUAACUACCCUAAUCAGCAGCCUAAACGAGUUCAAACUCUAGGCAAUAUAAGAAAAGAAAACGAAAAUCCAGAACAGAGAGACGAGUAAAAGCAUCAUGAUGUCUAGGAUUCCAUCUUUAUCAGAAAUCUUCUCCUGGAUCCUCACCUUGAUCACCUCCUUGACGAUCCCUGCUCCGUCAGAAAUCUUCUCAUGGUACGCCUCCCUGACCACGACGGCGAUGAUGGCUCGAACGGCGGUCCGCGAUUUCCUCCCGGCGCCAGCCCAGCAGUAUCUCCACGCUCUGGCCCAGAGUCUCUUCGGCCGCCGCCUACCCCCAGGCCUCACCUUGAUCUUCGACGCCACCACCGGCUACACCCGCAACGAAAUCUUCGACGCGGCCGAGGCCUACCUCGCCACCAAGAUCAACCACGACACCGACUGCCUCCACGUCACCAAGACCGCCGCCGACAAGAACCUCUUCUUCUCGUUCGAGAACAACGAGCGGAUCGUCGACAAGUUCCGGGGCCUCGAGCUCACCUGGCGCUUCUUCCGCUCUCCCGGAUCUUCGUCGUUGGCCGGGCGAAGCGACCCGAGCAACCCGGCCGGGUCAAUCGCGUCGCCGGAGAAACGCUGCUUCCAGUUGAGUUUCCCCAAGGAACACAAAGAGCUGGUUCUGGGCUCCUACAUACCUUUCGUCCUUGAUGAGCUGAAGGCGAUGAGGCACAAGGAGAGGGUUCUCAAGAUUCACACGCUGGACAAUAAGAACUACCACCGCAUUGGGCCAUGGAACUCGGUCAAUUUGGACCAUCCGGCGACGUUCGACACUCUGGCGAUGGAGCCGUCACUCAAGGAGGCCAUAGUCCAGGACCUGGACAGGUUCCGGAGCAGGAAGGAUUUCUACAAACGGGUGGGCCGGGCCUGGAAGAGGGGUUAUCUCCUCUACGGCCCGCCGGGGACCGGAAAAUCGAGCUUGAUCGGCGCCAUGGCCAAUUACUUGAAGUUUGACGUCUACGACUUGCAGCUCGCGUCCGUGCAGGACGACUGCGACCUCCGCCGGGUCCUGCUCGCCACCGGCAACAGGUCCAUCCUCGUCAUUGAGGAUAUUGACUGCGGCGCUGAUUUGCCUGACCGGAAUGAGAAGAAGAAGAAGCCAGUUCAGGCAAGCACGGUGUACCCAUUUGACCCCUACGCACGCCAGCCCAAGAUAACCCUAUCGGGGCUACUGAACUUCAUCGACGGGCUAUGGUCGAGCUGCGGCGACGAGAGGAUCAUCGUGUUCACCACCAACCACAAGGAGAAGCUGGACCCGGCCCUGCUCCGGCCGGGUCGAAUGGACAUGCACGUCCACAUGUCCUACUGCACCCAGGAAGGGUUCAAGGUGCUGGCCAACAACUACCUGGGGGCCGACGGCGGGGCCCACAGGCUGUGUGAGGAGAUCGGAGGGCUGAUCGGGGACGCCAAGGUCACCCCGGCCCAAGUCGCGGAGGAGCUGAUGAAGAGCAACGAUGCCGACGUGGCACUGGGUGAGGUCGUGAGUUUGCUCAAGAGGAAGAGGGUGGAAGCUGCAAUGGCUAAGCCAGAGAUUGAGAAGGAAGAAGAGGAGGAGGAGGAGGAGGAGGAGGAAAAGGUGGGAGAUGGGGAGGAGGAUGACAAUGGGGUGGUCGAGAUGGAUAAACAGCAGAUCAAUGUGGGUUGGAACAAACUGGUAGAGAGUAUGAGUGCGAGAAAUGUGACUUUGAGACGUAGGAGAAGGUAAGACUAUUGGUUCCGAUGGAGAACUCGACGGAUUAUAAAGCAUCCAGCGAGUUUAUUUUUAGGAAUUGAUGGAAUAAGAUUUUAACGUGUUU